UACGCCGGGUCUUGGCGCGGAUCGCGUCCCGGGGCGGUGCACGCACACCUGGGCGGGGCGCGGGGCGCGGGCCGCGCUGCGUCCGAAGCGGCUCCGACGCCGUCGCUGGGACCAAGAUGGACCUCUCGGCGCUGCUCCCCGCCCCGACUGCGCGCGGAGGGCAACAUGGCGGCGGCCCCGGCGCGCUCCGCCGAGCCCCAGCGCCGCUCGGCCCGAGCCCCGCGCGCCGCCGCCUGCUACUGGUGCGGGGCCCUGAAGAUGGCGGGCCCGGGGCGCGGCCCGGGGAGGCCUCUGGGCCGAGCCCGCCGCCCGCCGAAGAAGACAGCGACGGCGACUCUUUCUUGGUGCUGCUGGAAGUGCCGCACGGCGGCGCCGCCGCCGAGGCUGUCGGAUCACAGGAGGCCGAGCCUGGCUCCCGUGCCAACCUGGCGAGCCGCCCCAAGCAGGGCCCCAGCGGCCCGGCCGCCGCCCCCGGCCCUGGCGUAGCCCCGGCGGGCGCCGUCACCAUCAGCAGCCAGGACCUGCUGGUGCGCCUCGACCGCGGCGUCCUCUCGCUGUCUGCGCCGCCCGGCCCCGCAACCGCGGGCGCCACCGCGCCCCGCCGCGCGCCCCAGGCUUCCGGCCCCAGCACGCCCGGCUACCGCUGCCCCGAGCCGCAGUGCGCGCUGGCCUUCGCUAAGAAGCACCAGCUCAAGGUGCACCUGCUCACUCACGGCGGCGGUCAGGGCCGGCGGCCCUUCAAGUGCCCGCUGGAGGGCUGCGGCUGGGCCUUCACAACGUCCUACAAGCUCAAGCGGCACCUGCAGUCGCACGACAAGCUGCGGCCCUUCGGCUGUCCGGUGGGCGGUUGUGGCAAGAAGUUCACUACGGUCUAUAACCUCAAGGCGCACAUGAAGGGCCACGAGCAGGAGAGCCUGUUCAAGUGCGAGGUGUGCGCCGAGCGCUUCCCCACGCACGCCAAGCUGAGCUCCCACCAGCGCAGCCACUUCGAGCCCGAGCGCCCUUACAAGUGUGACUUUCCCGGCUGUGAGAAGACAUUUAUCACAGUGAGUGCCCUGUUUUCCCAUAACCGAGCCCACUUCAGGGAACAAGAGCUCUUUUCCUGCUCCUUUCCUGGGUGCAGCAAGCAGUAUGAUAAAGCCUGUCGGCUGAAAAUUCACCUGCGGAGCCAUACAGGUGAAAGACCAUUUAUUUGUGACUCUGACAGCUGUGGCUGGACCUUCACCAGCAUGUCCAAACUUCUAAGGCACAGAAGGAAACAUGAUGAUGACCGGAGGUUUACCUGCCCUGUCGAAGGCUGUGGGAAAUCAUUCACCAGAGCAGAGCAUCUGAAAGGCCACAGCAUAACCCACCUAGGCACAAAGCCGUUUGAGUGUCCUGUGGAAGGAUGUUGCGCGAGGUUCUCCGCUCGUAGCAGUCUGUAUAUUCACUCUAAGAAACACGUGCAGGAUGUGGGUGCUCCGAAAAGCCGUUGCCCAGUCUCUACCUGCAACAGACUCUUCACCUCCAAGCACAGCAUGAAGGCGCACAUGGUCCGACAGCACAGCCGGCGCCAAGAUCUCUUACCUCAGCUAGAAGCUCCGAGUUCUCUUACUCCCAGCAGUGAACUCAGCAGCCCAGGCCAAAGUGAGCUCACUAACAUGGAUCUUGCUGCACUCUUCUCUGACACACCUGCCAAUGCUAGUGGUUCUGCAGGUGGGUCAGAUGAGGCUCUGAACUCCGGAAUCCUGACUAUUGACGUCACUUCUGUGAGCUCCUCUCUGGGAGGGAACCUCCCUGCUAAUAAUAGCUCCCUAGGGCCGAUGGAACCCCUGGUCCUGGUGGCCCACAGUGAUAUUCCCCCAAGCCUGGACAGCCCUCUGGUUCUCGGGACAGCAGCCACGGUUCUGCAGCAGGGCAGCUUCAGUGUGGAUGACGUGCAGACUGUGAGUGCAGGAGCAUUAGGCUGUCUGGUGGCUCUGCCCGUGAAGAACUUGAGUGACGACCCACUGACUUUGACCUCCAAUAGUAACUUAGCAGCACAUAUCACCACACCGACCUCUUCAAGCACCCCCCAAGAAAAUGCCAGUAUCUCAGAACUGCCGGCUCCAGUCAAGGUGGAGCCGGACUCACCUUCUCGCCCAGGAGCAGUUGGGCAGCAGGAAGGAAGCCAUGGGCUGCCCCAGUCCACGUUGUCCAGCCCAGCAGAGCGGCACGGUGCCCAGGACACAGAGCUCAGUGCAGGCACCGGCAACUUCUAUUUGGAAAGUGGGGGCUCAGCAAGAACUGAUUACCGAGCCAUUCAACUAGCCAAGGAAAAAAAGCAGAGAGGAGCGGGGAGCAAUGCAGGAGCCUCACAGUCUACUCAGAGAAAAAUAAAAGAAGGCAAAAUGAGUCCUCCCCAUUUCCAUGCAAGCCAGAGCAGUUGGUUGUGUGGGAGCCUCGUGGUGCCCAGCGGAGGACGGCCAGGACCAGCUCCAGCAGCUGGGGUGCAGUGCAGGGCGCAGGGCGUCCAGGUCCAGCUGGUGCAGGUGAGAGCUGGCAAGUCACACAGGCCAGCUGUAGGCGGGGUGGGAGGGUCACGCAGGUCUGAGGAGUGUGUGGCAUGCCGCAUCCCCUGCCCAUCGCAGCACCCCCUGCCUGCCCCUUGCCCAUCCUCCCCUGUAGACUGGCCCAAGUCUCCUCAGAGCCCAGCUCCUCCCUUUUUCCCAGCCUGUCCUGCUGCAUCUGCUCAAGCUCUUAGUGUUGCUGGGACCAUGCGUCCACUUCCUGACCCUGUCUGCACAGCCCUGCAUCUAGCCCCAGAGCAGUCCGCCUCCCUGCUCGAGGCCCCCAGGGCUGUUUUGCAGCAGGAUGAGAUCUGUUUGAGGCCACCCUGCCCUUCUUCUGCUGGGCUGGGGCAAAAGGGCUCCGCAGGCUGCCUCACCACCCCCAUUUCUAGGGUGGCCUGCUUGUGGCGCACUAACAGCCUUUCUAUGCUGAAGGUGGUGGGGGUCUUUUUAGUGUUUUUCUAUUUUCUUUCCUACGAAACGGAGCCCCUCCAGGGCAGGCCCAGGCCCCUCCCAGCCUGUCCAGGCCACAGAUACCUGCAGCUGUGGCGUUUCCAGGAGGUCUUUGAGCACACCCGCUUCUGCAUCCCUGAGCACAUGUGCAUCUUCAGUCUCAGUUUGAGGGGCUGGAAUGGAGGGAAGAUGAUUUGGAAGGAUUUGGGGAGAGAAGAGAUUUACAAGCCGGGGCUGUCGGUUUGGCCCAGGAUGACCCCUCCGGCGAAGGUGUCCUGCCCUCGGCCCGCGGCCCAGCCGCCUUCCUCCCCUUCCUCACUGUGGACCUGCCCGUCUACGUCCUCCAGGACGUGCUCCCCUCAUCUGGAGGUCCUGCUGGACGGGAGGCCACCCAGUUCCCAGGAAGCACUAUCAACCUGCAGGAUCUGCAGUGACGGCAGCCUCGGCCUGGGCAGGCCCAAGGCCACGGUCUAGGACGCACCUUCCCGGAGACUCAUGACAUGAGCCUGGGGAGACCUCAUUUGGUUUCCGUUCAGAAGACCAGCGUAGCCCUUUUGAGACUUUUGGGUACAUUUAUCAAAAAUGUUUUCCUUUUGUUUUGCCAGGAAUGAGUUCGGGCUGUACUCUUUGAAACUGCUUUUGUGAGCAAAGUGCUUUGGCAAGGCAAGGGUCUCCCUCAGCAGGGCUAGGUGCACUACAGCCCCUUUCCCCGUGUCCCUUUGGAUCUGAGCUGUGUAGCAGUUGUUGCAUUACAAAGAAAAAGACUUCUGCAGGAAAUAGGGUAGAGAACAGCCUGUCUAGUCAGAUGCAACUUGAUCUGUGGCAAAACCAAGUGUGGUCUUUCAGCUUCAGUGUGUUAGCAUCCCAGCACCUGGGAUAGGGUUUGUGGGCAAGUUGGUUUUGCAACACUGUAGGGCCCCAGGUGGUCCCAUUGCCACCGUGAAGCCAAAUUCUAGCCCAAGUCUGGCAGAGCAGUCGGCCAGAUAGUUUUGGGGGGAGAAUGAUGUGGUGGGACAGAGGACCUCAGUGGCCUAUUACGGAGCCCUCUUCCCAGACUAAAUUCAUAGCUGAGAGCUCGGGGAGAUAGUAGAGUUAAAAUCUAAAAUAAUUUUCUAAAUUCUGUAUUUGGACAUUAGUGUUUAAAUGGUAAUUUGGCAACAGUUUAUAAAUUGAUGUUCUGAAUACCAUAAAUUAUGUGUAGGACUGUGA